AUGUGUCCUGAAGCAGAUGCCAAGACCACUGUGGGGGAUAGUUCUCAUGACAACAGUUCAGUCGGAACUCAAGCAAAGCCUCCCAGAAAAGGGUUUUGGUCAGUCCGACAUGGGCUGGCUUUCAUGCUGCAUAUCUGUAAUUUUUCAAUGUACACCCAACAAUUGCACCUGAACAUUGCCAUCACAGCCAUGGUGAACCAGACAGCCCUGGAGAGCCAGCCCAAUGCCUCUGUGGAUGCCCAGGACGACUGGACUACAACUCAGGAAGAAGUCCAGGCAAGAGUUCCUACAUAUGACUGGAAUCCUGAAAUCAAGGGCAUCAUCCUCAGCUCCCACAACUAUGGCUCAAUCUUCGCUCCACUUCCUGUUGGCUAUGUGGCUGGAGUAUUUGGAGCCAAGUACGUGGUUGGUGCUGGGUUGUUUCUUACCUCAUUCCUGACCUUCUUCAUUCCAUUGUCAGCUGAUGCUGGAGUGGCUGCGCUCAUUGUCGUACGUGUUAUUCAAGGCUUAUCUCAGGAUAUGGUUUUGACAGGUCAGUAUUCCAUUUGGGUCCGAUGGGCUCCCCCACUGGAAAGGAGUCAACUCAUCAGCAUUGCUACAUCAGGAGCAAUGCUGGGAAGCUUUCUAGUAUACCUUGUGGGUGGUUUCAUUUGCCAGAGCAUAGGAUGGCCUUACGUCUUCUAUAUCUUUGGUGGAAUUGGGUGUGUCUGUUGUCUUCUCUGGUUUCCUCUUGCUUAUGAUGACCCUGAGCAUCAUCCCUUUAUCAGUGCUGAUGAGAAGAGAUACAUCACAUGUUCACUGGCUCAUCAGGAUAACUCACCAGGCUGGUCUCUUCCCAUUAAAUCUAUGAUCAAAUCUCUACCACUCUGGGCCAUCUUAGUAUCCUAUAUUUGUCAAUAUUUUACCACUAAAAUGAUAUUGGCAUACAUGCCAACAUACAUCAACUCUGUGCUUCAAAUCAAUGUCAGAGAUAGUGGGAUCCUGUCGUCACUGCCAUUUAUUGCUACCUGGAUCACUAUGAUGCUUGGAGGCCUCUUGGCUGAUUUUCUCCUCUCCAGAAAAAUUUUCAGACUUGUCACCAUCAGGAAAAUCUUUAAUGCUAUAGGGAUUCUUGGCUCAUCUGCACUCUUCAUUCCUCUGCACUGGGUCAGAUUCAGCCGGAGUACCACUAUAGUCUUCUUGGUGUUAGCUACUGCCUUCACUGGCUUCAAUCAAUCAGGAGCCCUUGUGAACUUCAUAGACGUUGCUCCUCGGUACACCAGCUUUCUCAAGGGAUUCUUUCAAAUGUUUGUGUUCAUAGAUGGAGCCAUUGCUCCCACCAUUGGUGGAAUUUUAAUCAAUCAGGAUUCAGUAUUGGGUUGGAGAAACAUCUUCCUCAUUGUAUCUUCCGUUAACACAUUUGGCUUGAUUGUCUACCUCAUCCUUGGCCAAGCACAUGAGCAGGACUGGGCUAAAGAAGAGACAGUCACUCACUUGUGA